AUGCCAAAAUAUCGUCUUAUUGUUCGAAUAACAAAUAAAGAUAUUAUUUGUCAAAUUGCUUAUGCACGUAUUGAAGGCGACUAUAUUGUACCAUCAGCAUAUGCACAUGAAUUACCACGUUAUGGUGUUAAGCUGGGUUUAACAAAUUAUGCUGCUGCUUAUUGUACUGGUUUACUGUUAGUUCUAGGAACAUUACAAAAACAUAAACUCGAUAGUAUAUUGUGCCGAUAUUGAUGGCACGCUCCGAUGAUUUUCCUUCCUUCUCUA